CUGCAUCACUGUGUUGGGAAACUAGGUGGUGCCAUGCCCAUCAAUUUUGUAUAAUGCCAGUGAUUAAAAUUGGCUCUAAUUUACUAACAGGACAUGGAUUAUUUUAAAUCCAAGUCUUAUUUUAUCAAUUUAUUGAAUGACUUUCCAGAUACAAAAAGAAAAAAUUUAUUGAAUGACUUCUGGAAACCUUUUGGAAAGUGGUAAACUCACAGAGAAUGAAGAAAAAAAAACAUACGAUGGGAGUUGCGUGGAUGUAUCAUAUAUGUAGCCUGGCAAUAGAGUUUCCCUGUAGCUUAUUGGCCCAUCUAUUGAGCUGCUAAUCAUUUCAAUUCUCGACCUAUGGAGCAUGGACCUUGGCCUAAUCUCAGUUUAAAAAAGAAAGAGUACCACCGUACCAAAUUUGCCAUCUGAAGAAUUUUGAGAUAUACCAGUUUUAUGUUCCAACCUAGACAUAAUCCAGAUGCCCACUUUUUGUUUUAUCUGCUUCGACCGACGUGUACGCUGCUCCCCUUUCUUUCCACACACCUUGUCUUUUGCGGGCGCCAAAUAGAGGAAACAGAUAGAAAGUCUUACUAUGCUGUUUUUUAUUAGUGUUUCGGUGUGAAGUCUUUCCUAGCUCUUUAACUAAAGUUUCCAUGGAUAAAUUAUUAAAUUUUUAAUUAAAGUUAAUUUCCACCUCCUGUCAUGAUCAUCCCCAUCUUCUCGUUCUUCUUCUUUCUUCUUCUUUAGUUUGCUUCAACUUCACAGUUUGUCGUUUACUCUCAUACAUUUGGCGAAAAGGAGAAACCAUGGCAGCAGCCUUGAUAGGCGGAUCAUUUCUCUCUGCUUUCCUUCAGGUUUUGUUCGAUCGAAUGGCUUCUGGUGAGGUUCUUGAAUUCUUCAAGGGCCAAAAACUUAAUCAGGGUUUGCUUGAGAAGUUGAAUAUAACAAUGAAUUCUGUUGAUGGAGUGCUUGAUGAUGCAGAGGAGAAGCAGAUUACUAGACCAUCUGUGAAAAGGUGGCUCGAUGAUCUUAAGGAUGCUGUGUAUGAAGCCGAUGACCUGUUGGAUGAAAUUGCCUAUGAAGCUUUGCGAUCAGAGAUGGAAACUGCAGGCUCUGAAGCUACCACGACUCAGGUUCGGAAAUCCUUCUCUUCUUUUAGUUCAUUGGGAAUAGGGGUGCAAUCAGAAUUAGGAGAUAUUCAUGAAAGACUUGAAACGAUUCUUGAAAAGCUUGAAUAUUUAGUUAAACAAAAGGAAGCCCUUGGUCUGAGAGAGAAUAUUGGGGAAAAACCAUCUUCGCAUAAAAUACCAUCAACUUCUCUGGUUGAUGAGUCUGUUGUUUAUGGUAGGGAUGAUGAUAAGGAAGCCAUUAUGAAGUUGCUAUUCUCAGAUGAUGAAAAUAGCAAUGACCUAGGUGUGAUUCCCAUAGUGGGUAUGGGUGGGAUCGGUAAAACCACCCUUGCUCAGCUUGUCUACAAUGACUGCAGAGUAUCUGAGAACUUUGAUCUCAAAGCAUGGGUCUGUGUUUCAGAAGAAUUUGACAUUUUUAGGGUAACUCAAGACAUUCUCGAGGAGUUCAACAGAAAGAAAUAUGAUACUGAGAACUUGAACCAACUUCAGCUUGAGUUGAAGGAGAUACUGAUGGGAAAGAAGUUUUUGCUUGUUUUAGAUGAUGUUUGGAGGGAUGAUUACACUGACUGGGACAUUUUACAGACACCAUUGAAAUUUGGCACCGGAGGAAGCAAGGUCAUCGUUACCACACGUAAUGUAAGUGUAGCAUCAGUCAUGUGUGCCUUUUCAACCCAUUAUCAUCUGCAGGAACUGACUAACGACAAUUGUUGGUUGUUGUUUGCAAAACAUGCAUUUGAUAAUGGAAAUUCAAGUGCAUAUAUGGAAUUAGAAAAGAUUGGCAAGGAAAUAGUAAGAAAGUGUGGAGGCCUACCUUUAGCUUUAAAAGCCCUUGGGUGUCUCCUACGUUCUAAAAGAAGCAUAGUUGAAUGGGACAAGAUAUCAAAGAGUAAUAUUUGGGAUUUGGCAAGUGAUAAGAUUCUUCCAGCACUAAGAUUGAGUUAUCAUUAUCUCCCAUCACAUUUGAAGAGAUGCUUUGGUUACUGUGCAAUAUUUCCCAAGGACUAUGAAUUCAAGAAGGAGGAACUAAUCCUAUUAUGGAUGGCAGAGGGUUUUGUAGAAGGUGAAGAUAUAGGUGGCGAGUACUUUCAUGAUCUCGUAUCAAGAUCAUUUUUUCAGCGGUCAAGUGGUGAUCAAUCAUGCUUCAUUAUGCAUGACCUCAUAAAUGACUUGGCUAAAUUUGUAUCUGGAGACUUUUUCUUCUGGUUAGAGGGUGAUAAUUCUUUUAAGAUUGCUAAAAGGACAAGACAUUUGUCAUAUGCAAGAACACUGCAUGAUGCUUCUAAGAAAUUUGGGCAUGUCUAUGAAGCUCAAUAUUUGCGCACUUUCUUACAUGUGGAUGCAGUGCAGUGGUGGGGUAGUCACAUUGAUACAGAGGUAACUGAUGAUCUGUUGCCAAAACUCAUGCGCCUACGGGUUCUGUCUUUAUCACAUUAUAAUAGCAUAACUUGGUUUCCUGAUUCAAUUGGCAAAUUGAAACAUUUGCGAUAUCUAGAUCUCUCUAAAACAUCUAUCAGAAGGUUGCCUGACACCAUAUGCAGUUUGUACAAUUUGCAAAUUUUAAUAUUGGCAUAUUGUGUAUUUCUUGAUGAGUUGCCAAGCAACAUGGUGAGGUUAGUUAGCUUAUGUCAUCUUGAUAUCAGUUGGACUAUAUUGGGAAAGAUGCCAUCACAAAUGGGCAAACUAAGAAGGCUCCAAAAAUUGACUGAUUUUUUUCUAGGGAAGGAUAGUGGAUCUAGCAUUAAGGAAUUGGGAGAGCUUCAACAUCUUGGAGGAAGACUUUGUAUUUGGAAUCUUCAAAAUGUUGUGGAUACUGCAGAUGCUUUGGAAGCCGAUUUACAGGGUAAGGAGCACCUUAAAAAAUUAGGCCUGAAAUGGGAUGGCAAUGCUGAUGAUUCGCAGCAUGAAAGAUGCAUACUCGAGUCAUUACAACCUUGUACCAAUUUGGAGCGUCUUUCCAUAUUUGGUUAUGGGGGUACAAGAUUUCCAGUUUGGGUAGGAGACUCUUCCUUCUCAAAUUUAGUAUCCCUCAAGUUAGAUGGAUGCAAAUAUUGCACUUCCUUACCACCACUUGGGCAGUUGGUGUCUCUACAAAAACUGUCAAUCACAGACUUUCAUGGAAUAGUGAUUGUUGGUUCUGAGUUCUAUGGAAGCUGCGUAUCCGUGAAGAAGCCAUUUGCAUCUCUCAGAAGUUUAACAUUCGAAAGGAUUACAGAAUGGCUGGAAUGGACUCCUUAUGUAGCUGAAGAUGAAGGUGAAGCCUUCCCUUUCCUCCAAGAGCUUUACAUAAGAGAAUGCCCCAACCUAACAAAGGCCUUGCCUGAUCACCUUCCUUUUUUAAAGACACUAGAUAUUAAGGAAUGUUAUCAGCUUCUCCCUUCAUUUCCAAGGGCUCCAGCUAUCCGUAGAAUGAGUUUUGAGGACCAUUCUCGUCAUGUGGUGUUAAGUGAAUUGCCUUCUGGGCUGCACCGUCUCCAAGCUGACGCCAUGUUUGACUCCGUAGAUUCCCUGGUGGAGGGAGCAACAGAAGCUUACAGUCUUUCUAUCACUUCAGAAGAAAUUGAAAUAAAAGACUACCAUUCACUAAGGUGUUUCUCGUUAGAUCUUUUCCCCAAGUUAAAGAGACUUGACCUUGGGAGAUGUAGAAAUCUUGAGUCCUUUUCAUUAUCUAGAGGAUUACCUGCCCUAAGUUUGACAGUGCUUUGUUUAUGGAAUUGCUUCAAUUUGAAGUGCUUGCCUGAUAAUAUGCAUUCCAUCCUAGCAUCUCUAGUAAAAUUACGACUGGGUGAAUGUCCAAAACUUGAGUCCUUUCCAGAAGGGGGUUUGCCCUUCAAAUUAGAAUACCUUGAGAUCUCAUUCUGUGAAAAACUCAUAGCUAGCCGCCCACAAUGGAAGAUGCAAACACUUCCUCAUCUAGCAUACUUCAGCAUUGAUCGAUGUGAAGAUGUAGAAUCUUUCCCUGAGGAAAUGUUGCUGCCCUCCACACUUACCUCUCUUAAAAUGAAGAAUCUUAAGAAUCUGAAAUCUCUAAACUACAAGGGGCUUCAACAUCUCACCUCCCUUGGAGAAUUGACUAUCUGGAAGUGCCCUGAGCUCCAGUCCAUGCCAGAAGAAGGGCUGCCUGCCUCCCUUUCUUCUCUAAUAAUAUGGGAUUGCCCCUUGUUGACACAAAGAUGUCAACGGGUAGAAGGGGAAUAUUGGUCCAAGAUUUCUCACAUCCCUCACAUAGAGAUGGACUCUGAUACUAUCACUGAGAAUGAAUUCUGAUGAUACUGUGUUUCUUUCUUUCCACCAACAUUCAGAGAGGGAAAUGACUGACAUUCACCGAUAUAAUUUUAAAAAUGGAAAGCAGCAGAAGAAAGGUGCACUUGUAUGGAUAUAUGUUCUUUCAAGUUUUUAGGACAUUUGAUUUCCCUACGGCUGUUCGUUAGCCAUUGUUUGCAGAGCUUGCACAAAGGAAAAUGCUUGUGGACUGUGCAUUGUAAGAUAUUCUUUUUGAUCAGUCAGUAGCUCCGGCUUCAGGUCUCUUGCUGUUUACUCUGGAAAGCAUUGUAAGAUAUCCUUUCAUCUCUUCCAUUUUAAAAUAUACUUUGUAGAUGGAUUAUGUACCUAAACACCACUGCUCUUCGCUUUAGAAUCUUUUUCUAUUAGUUUUCUGACUAUGUC